GAGAAGAUACAGGAAAGCUCACUCCGCUGGUCUAUCCCAACUUUUUUUUACUUUAUCUAUUCUGGGUGCUUGCAUUAAGUACAAAAUUGCUUUGGCCGGAAGGACGACUGAACCAGAAUGAGAAAGUAUUCCAAAAACAGUCUCGUCGUCAGAGUUUGGGCAUCAAUCAUUUUGAUAAAGUGCUUCACAGACUCGGCGGCCGCCCCGACCUCCGUAAAACCUUUUCCAAAUAGCGUCUCUUUCGAAACACAAGGAUUUCGCUAUCGAAGGAAUUUCAGUAAAACAUCAAAAGACGAUGGAUCGACCCGAGUCGCCGAGACCUUGAUGAAAAGCAAUCGACACCUUGAGGCGGCCAGUAAAGAAAAUGCAAAACCAUCGACGGAAAAUGGCCCCAUCGAAGCUAAGAAUGAAGUAGCAAAAGACGAAAGAAAAGACAAAAAGGAGGAAAAGACGAGUAAAAAGGAAAAGACGCCGAAAAGCGCUCCAACUGAAGCUCAGAAAAAGCCGAUAGGCGACAAAGCUCCGACUGUUUCCCCAUCUAGUGAGCCAACGAAGGUGGAUCCGCUACCCGCAGAGAGGCCGGACAUCGACGCUGUGCAACCAGCUUCGAUGGGAGCCCCUGCUCCCGUCCCAACAGUCAAAAAAGCUUCAGCUGAAUCUGAAUCCGCCAAUGCGUCGCCUACAGAACCAACAGUCCCCGCGGGUGGAACAGAGGCAACGCCUAGCAAGGCUACAACCAAAGCGGGGACUCAAUCUGCGAUACCGUCGUCGUCUCCUACAAAAAAUCCUAGUACGGCUACCACAACGGCGCCCACUGAAGCUCCUUCGGCACGGCCUACUUCUAAAGAUACAAUUGCUCCCACCGCUGCCCCAAUUGCCUGUGCAGCAGUUUCAAGCUGCAGCGAAUGUGCGACUUUAGCGAAGGAAUCUAUCAAUUCCAAAAAAAGUUGCUGGUGGGCAGAAGAUUUAAGAUGCAAAGAAGUUGAUCAAGAAGGAAAAGACGUCAAUCAAAUGUGUGUUGCACCGGCUGACGAUUCGUCGGAAGCGCCCACUUCGACACCCAAAUCAUCCGACGCUACGCCGUCCACGGUGAAACCGUCCGAAGAGACGUCUGUUUGGUAUGACGAUGAAAGCAGUUUACCCAUGAUUGUAGGGGUUGUGACCCUGCUUGGCUUAGCAUUUGUGUGUGUCAAAUAUGCGAGACGAGUUUUUGCAGCUAUACCUCAAGAAGCGAAUAUUUCUGGCUCCAGGCGUCGGCAAGGAUACGAAGGAGUAGCGACCAACGAUGUUUCAGACGAGGAAUGGGGAUGGGAGGAUGAGCCACAUAACACAGUUGGUGACGUGGAACUUUCAGUGCACCAACGAAGACCCUCUCCGAAAGGAAUGUCGUUUGGUAAACCCCUGGCACCGUCGUCAGGAAAUAGUUUUCAAUCCAGUGGUUCAGCUGUGCAAAACAGCAAACGACCACAAACUCUACCGAAAAAUUCUUGGAGUGAUGACUCAUUCGAAGCUGCAGCUCAAACGGGUCAGGCUUGGCGAACAGAUUCGUCCGAAAAAAAUACCACUCAAUCGACAAAACUUGGUCAAACUUUCGGAGGUACAGCAACAACUGUUUCGCCAAAGAAGGCUCCACCCCCGUUGAAGCCUAGAGAAGAUGACAUUUUCUCCUCUCUCGGGCUUUCUGCCAAACCUACUUUCUCAAAGCCAACAGCGGUAUCGUCCACAAAAUCUGGAUCGCGAUGGCAAAAUACCAUCGCACCUGUUGGCCAUACUCAUGCAUCCAAUCGUCCAGGUGCCAGGUCGUCUAUAUUGACUGCGAAUGACGAUUUCGAUAUCAAAAGUGGAGGCGUCGAUUGGGAAGAUGAUGCCGAUCUGGAUGAUCUCUUGAAUGAGUAA